CCCGCCGCUACUAACAGCUGUCCCAGCUGCGGCUUCACUGCUCCUAACUUCCUACACAAAUCUACCUCCACCAUGCCGGGACUUCUGGAACAGCUGGACGGGGCCAUCUCCGACCUGUUCCAGGGCUGGAACGCCUACUCGACCGUGCUGCUCGUCGGCCUCGUCGGCUUCGUCGGCUGGAUCGUCGCCAACAACGCCGAUGCUGACACGCACCCGCUGCUGCUUGCCCGCCAGGCGCAGGCCUCGUACGUGAGGCAGCCGGGCGAGUCUGCUGUCUUCCGCUCGCCGGAGACGCCCCAUGGCUACCCGCUGCGCACCGGCCUCGCCGUGAAACCCCCCGGCGCCCCCAUGUACUCGGCCGGCAAAGAUGGAGACCUGCGAGACAUCUGGCGCCGCGUGACGGGCGAGAUCCCGCUGGACAAAAAGGCCAGCUCCAGCGGCACCGCCACCAUCAAGACCGUCUUUGGCAAGGAGGACGUCUCCGAGCACAACAUCCCGGGCGUCACCAAGGAGAUCGCCAUUGUCGGCAAGCACCUGCAGGAGCACAGCGCCAAGCGUGUAGCCGUAUACCUCCCCAACAGUCUCGAAUUCCUGGCCGUUCUGUUUGCCGGCGCCUUCUACGGCUUCACCCCGAUCCUCAUCCCCUACAACCAGCCACAUGCCACCCUCGUCGAGCUGCUGCAGGCGACUGGCGCCGACUCCCUCAUCGCACAGGCUGGAUCGGUCCCGCUGGCUGACGUCACCCGGAGCGUGCCGGCGCUGCGCCAGAUCGUGUGGACGGUCGAGAAGACGAGCCGGCACAUGGACUGGAGCGAGGUUCCCGAGGGCAUCGGCGGCAAGGUCGACGUCUCUGUCUGGCACGAGCUGGUGCAGGACUCGAAGUACACUGAAGACGCACUGCCGGCGGACGGCGGCAAAGCCCCAGGCGUCGUCUUCCUUUGGCAAGAAGCCGCCGGCAAGCCCGCCGAGAUCGUCGAGUUCACCCAACAGAACAUCUCCUCUGCUGUCGGCGCGCUCAUCACCUCCCUGCCCACCGCACAGCGCUUCUCGGCCUCGGACACACUCCUCCCCGCCGACGCCUUCACAGACUCGUACUGCCUCUGCCUGACCCUCGCAGCCCUCUUCUCCCACUCCACCGUCAUCAUCAACUCCGUCGCCGGCCCCGGCGUCGACCUCGCCCUGGCCACCCGCUCGCUCUCCCCCACCAUCCUCGUCGCCUCCGCCUCCUCCGCCGCAGCCCUGCACAGCGCCACCGCCGCCACCGCCACCGGCGCCCUGACCCGCCUCGCACACUACAUCGAGACGCGCGCCCUGGCCGCCGGCCGCCUGCCCACAGACUCGCUGCUCGCCCGCCUCGCCGCCCCGGCCCGCGCCCUGGCCCCGGGCCCCCUGCGCCUCCUCUUCGCCGCCGAGCGCGCCGGCCUCAACACCCCCGCCCUCUCCGCCCAGGACCUCGCCGACCUGCGCGUCUUCACCCGCGCCCGCGUCGUCUACGCCCUCACCGCCGCCCCCGUCGCCGGCGCCGUCGCCCAGACAAACAUGUACGACUACCGCGUCGCCGGCCCCGCGGCGCGGCACAGCCACUUCGGCGUGCCGCUGAGCUGCGUCGAGGUCAAGGUCAAGGACACAGCCGCGCUGAAGACCACGGAGGAGCAGAGCGUGGGCGAGCUGGUGGUUGUGGGGUCGUCGGUGCGGGGCGGGCAGGCGGCGCUCGGGUUCAACGCGCGGUUCGGGGAUGAUCAUACGGUCGCGUAUGUGUAGAUAGAUAGUGUACGCGGGCUGCUAGCCGAGAAUGAAUCGAGUGAUGCAGAAGGAAUUGUGUUUCGUAUGCGUGAUGUGUGAUGCGUGGGUAUAUACAUGACCGUGCCCUUCCCUCCGCCAGACCCGCUUCCACCGCCUAGCCUAGUCCACACCCCCUCCCUCCUCUUCAUCCUCCUCCCCCUCCAACGGGGGGGUCCCCAACACCGC